AUGUCCCAACCAGAGCAGACAGGCAAGUUCCUUCCUUUCCCGCUUAAACGCUUUACUAAUUUGCUACUGCUGCUGUUGAAUGGUGGUACUGCAUCUGAAUCAGUAGAACAAUCAGCUUCAACCAAAGUUGUUAUCAACUCAGAUGACCCUGCAUGGAGUCAUUGUUAUUGCCCAGACCCAAAGAAGAAGCAUUCAAUAGUGUGCAACUACUGUAAGAAGACGAUAAACACUGGAAUUACAAGAGUGAAGUACCAUCUUGCUCGUCUUGGUGGCCACAAUGUCAGUAAGUGUGACAAGGUUCCGACCGAUGUGAAGGAAGAGAUGCUAGCUUUGGUUGCCAAGAAAACUAGUGAAAAGGAACAAAAGCAGAAGGAAAAGCAAAGGGCCAGAGAUGAAAUUGAUCUGGAUCGCUCAGAUGGUGAAAUGUGCAGUGAAGACUCUGACCAUGGGAACAAGGUUGUUGUGCUAAAGUCAACAAAAGGACCUAGUUGUAGUGCUGUUGGUUCAUCGGGUAGUGGCUCUAUCGAGAAGUUCUACAAGCCGGCUUCUAUAGAAGAGGAUGUGCAGAAGAACCAGAAAGGAGCUAACGUUAGCCAAAAGGUUCAAACAAAGUUAACAACUCAGAAAAGAGAAGAGAGGAGGGAUAGAGCUUGUGAGUAUAUAUGUCAGUUCUUUUACGAAGCUAGCAUUGCACACAAUACAGUCCUUCUUCCUAGCUUUGCCAAUAUGGUUGAGGCCAUUGGAGCCUUUGGUAGAGGUUUGAGAGGGCCUAGUCCCUAUGAGAUGAGUGGACCAUUUUUGCAGAAAAGGAAACAGAAGGUUGUACACUUAAUGACAGAUGCAUGGACAGAUAAGAAGGGCAUGGGAAUAAUGAAUUUAGUCGUGCAUAGUGCUCAUGGGGUCCUUUUUUUGGAUUCUGUGGACUGCUCUGGUGUCAAGAAAAAUGGUAAAUACGUCUUUGACCUUGUGGAUAGAUGCAUUGAAGACAUAGGAGAGGAAAAUGUUGUCCAAGUGGUCACUGACAAUGCUAGUGUUAAUGUAGCAGCAGCAAGUCUUCUAGCAGCAAAGAGACCCAAAAUAUUGGUGAUAAAGAUUCUAAGUUUGACAUGUAGCUCCUCUGGUUGUGAGAGGAGUUGGUCAGUAUUUGAACAGGUGCACACAAAAAAGCGCAACAGAUUACUUCAUGAGAGGAUGAGAGACCUUGUAUUUGUCAAAUUUAACUCCAAACUAAGGCAUAAGAAAGAGAACAAGAGUAGAGAUCCCAUAGAGAAGGAAAUAAAUGAUGUGCUGGGGGAUGACAACAAUGAGUUCAUUACUGGAUUAGAACCAAAUGCAAAUCAAAGUCAAGAAGAUCAGGGAUGUGCAGAAACAGCAGCAAAAGCACAAGAAGGAGCAUCACAGGGAGCAUCAACAUCACAAGCAAAAGCCAAAAGGAAAAGGCCUGUGCGCCCUAGGAAGAAAUUCAGGACCGUGGCAUCUCUGACGAAGCCUCGGUCUGCAGCCUCUACUUCUGAAUCAGAGGAAAAUCAAGAUGCUAUGGAAUCUACUGAUACUGACGAUGAUUAG